AUGGGGCAGUCAAAAAGGAAACAACGUGCUCAGACUAGCAAUUCUGCACAAGCUCCCACUACUGAAGAAUUUCCCCACCAGGAUACAAUGCAACAGUCCAGACAACCAGAACAAACCCCUAAUGAAUUCGAUAGAAGAAAGCGAAAAAAGGGUGCUUCAAGUGUUUCUCAAAAUCCUAACAGUGACAUUGCCCCAAAUGAUAAUCCUCAACCUCAGGUGAGAAGAAGUACAAGGGUUAGAGAACGACUUUCCACUGAACCACCAAUUCCAUCAAACGAAAGACCUUCAUCUGAAGUCCCGAAACCUGUUCAAGUUGGAGCCCAACCUGUUAAUGGAGCUCAUUCAAAGAAAAGGAAAUUAUCUUACCUGGACAAAGUUAUGGUCAAUGAAAAUGCAGAGUACUUGGGUGACCAUCCACCUUACAAGGUUGGAAGAUGGGCCAGACACAAAGCCACUCGAGUUGGAAAAAGAGACAACUAUGCAUGA